AUGGAAGAAUUAUCUAGUUUUCAUAAGAAAAAUUUGGAACGCAAAAAAUCCGAAAUAAAAAAACAACAUUUUGAGAUAUCUCCUAAUACUACUACUCGACCAAAUUUAAAAAGAAAUUCAUCCGAAGAAGAUGAAAAAGUCAUAAAAAAGCCAAAAGUUAGUUCUAAUCCUUUGACCUUAAAUACGCCGAAUGACGUAAAUUUACUUGCUCUGUCCACUAUUGAAGUAAUAAAAGUACCAGAGAAAGAAAAAGAAGUAAUGCAAGAUCAGAACACAAAAUCUCUUGAUCAGUAUAAUGCACCUUCAUUUAAAUCGCCCACAUCUUGGUAUACUUCAGACACAAUUAAUGAGUACAUUAAAAUGAUAGUAAAACGGUCAGAAGGUGAAGUUUAUGCAGUUGUCACUGAUUUUAUUGUAGCGUAUCUUCGAGGAGGUUAUCCAGCUGUAAGAAGAUGGAUAAAAAAAGAUAUUCACACAAUAAAAUUACUUUUUGUGCCCAUGAAUGUAUAUGAGAGUCAUUGGAUAUUGACAGUGGUUAAUAUACCUGAAAAGACUGUGACAUCAUAUGAUAGUCUUAAGUCGUAUGAGGGUCCCUAUCCAAUGGUAUUAAAAAAUUUCUUAAUUGAAUGGGAGAUGGACAAAAAAGGAAAAGCUUCUACAUGGACAUUACAAAUAGGCGAGACAUCUCGCCAAACCAAUGGACAUGAUUGUGGGCCAUUUACUGUUGAGCUGGCAGAAAAAAUGUCUCGAGGAGAUACAACACCAAUAAAUGGAAAUUUUAUGCCUUUUAUAAGAUUAAGACACAAAAAUGAAAUUAUUGCUGGCGAGCUAUUUAAUUAAU